AUGGCAACCUUUGAGUUGCAGACGGAGUGCAUUGUGGAAGCCUUGUUCUCUGACCUCCUCAGUGAAGAUCAGAGUGACUGCCGGAGCCUGGAGAUGGACUUCGGAGGGCCUGUGCAGUCUGCAGGAGAGCCUCUAACCACGUUUGACCCAGUCAUCAUCGCCAGUCGCCUGCGGCGCAUGGGGGACCAGUGCAACAUGGAUUUUGAAAGGAAUUCCUCAGAGGCUCUUGUUGAAGUGCUCCAGGGAAAGAUGGAGAAGUUUGGGGCUGCCGUGGACUCUCUCAGCAGGAUCUGGAGUGACCAGAACCCUGGGCUGGUCUAUGAGAAAGCUUUUCUCUCUAUUUCUGUGAAACUGGUAAUGCACGUUGCUAAGAAAAUCCCAGCUAUGGUGCAUCCCAACCAACUCAUACAAGUGAUUAAUGGAAAUUCUCAAGUGAGAAGCUACAUCGAGGCCUGCGGCGGAUGGGAGAACUUGGACAAUUGA